CAAAGAGGAAGAACAUAUUGGAAGUACUGUAAUUAAUGAAAUGCAGUUAACAGCAUUGAAACGAGGAUUUGAAGUCUGCCAUUAUCCCGACGUUGGUCUGCAAGACCUACUUGCUAAGAAAAUUGGACUCCCAAGAGACGUAAUUGGGGAAUGGUUUAAAAAUGAAAGACAGAAAGCAAGAGAAAGUUCAAGAAUUAGUAAUAAUGCAAAAUAA